AAUACGUAUUGAGAGAUAUGAAUCCAUCCAUCGCAUUUGGAUAAUGUCUCGUCUCACACAGUUUGCAAGAAGAAGCAAAAUGGCACGCAGUGCUCGGUUGAGUCUUGUCUUGGCCAUAAGGAGGAGUGAGCUGGAGGAUAAGCGAAUCGCUACGGGGACGCGCGUCAUGUGCUGCAAGGCUUGAGCACGAGCGUUAAAUUGAUCAGAUGCUCUAAACCCGCCAGCUGAUCUGAGGAGGAUUGCGCUCGAGACCCCGCGUCUCCGUUUCGUUUUCUCCGCCAAAAAUAAAACUUUUAAAAACGAAAUAAUCGGUUGUCGUCCGCUGAGGCGACAGAAAACAAUCCCGAGGCGGAGCAUUUUUGGGGGGCUUCAGGCGAUGGGUGCCUCUUGGUUCCUCUCGGUUACCACAGAAGAUGCGAGCUCGAGCUUCAAUCCACGCGCUCCGGCUCCUCUCCAAAACUGAUUAUGCUCCUUUCAACGACCACCGUCGGAUUUUUCGCGUCUUGGAUUUGUCUACGAGUUCUGGAGUAUAGAUGAUAAUUGUUUUUAGUGAGGAAUUGAGGGAGAAACCGCAAGAGAUCAUCAUUAUAUCUUGACAUGGUGUUUUUUGUUUUCCCAGCGCGCGCUCACGCCCACCCUAUAGGACCGAUAUGGCUCUAAAAAAGCAGAUAAACUUAAAUUACUAAAAUCAACAAAUGUCACCGAGGUGUGGAUUUUUUGGGGAAGCCCCGUUGUCUGCAUUUGCGAGUGUAAUUCGAGAGUUUGGCGGAGGGGAGUCUGAAUAUUGCCAUAGUAUACCAAACAUUGCGGAUACCACAGAAAUAAAUUAAUAAUUAAAAGGUUUUCACCAUUUUUUUCUAUUCUAUUUUUGUCUUGUGGAUGUGAAAAAAACAAAAACAAGAAUGCGACUCCUUAGAAAGACGUACUAGACCUCGUAUAGUUGAUGCUAAUUUACAUGUAAUUUAUUAACGCAAUUAUGCUAAAAGGAUCUGUAUGUACACCUUGCAAAUGGCAAGACGAGCCACACCGAGCAGUUGAGACGGGAAAUACUUCUUAAAAUGUGGAUCCCACCCUCCUGAGGAAGAUAAUUCGUCGACAUUUUAUCUCUUUAUGUUUGACUAUUUGUUUGACUAUUUGUUGAGCUGACUGCACCAUUGAAAAGACCUACUCCAUCUAUCCAUCCAUCAAUCGCGUUAUCUGAGUCCCUUUUUGGCGCUGACACGCUCUCACACACAUUUCCCCAACCACUGAUCUUGUUUGGUGCUUUAUGAUGGACAUUUCUUAGCCAUGAAGAUCAUAUCUGAAUGUCUGUGUGCUCUGUGCUGAGGCGGAUGGGGUGUAAUGUGGUGUUGUCACCCUGAGACUUCACCCCCUUCUCGGCUGCUUCGUAACGAUUGGCGUUUGGUGUCUACAGAAUGGCUCGGUUCGGAGACGAAGUGCCGGCCAGGUACGGCGGCGGGGGCUCCGUUCAGGGGGGACCCGGCCGCGGCGGCAGCAGGCAGGGCGGCCCGCCAGGGGCCCAGAGGAUGUACAAGCAAUCGAUGGCCCAGAGAGCCCGGACCAUGGCCCUCUACAACCCGAUCCCGGUCCGACAGAACUGCCUGACGGUCAACCGCUCUCUGUUUCUCUUCAGUGAAGACAACAUAAUCCGAAAAUACGCCAAAAAGAUCACCGAAUGGCCUCCAUUUGAGUGGAUGAUUUUGACCACCAUCAUUGCCAACUGCAUCGUACUGGCUCUUGAACAACACUUACCAGAUGGAGACAAAACUCCACUGUCAGAACGACUGGAUGACACAGAGCCCUAUUUCAUUGCUAUUUUCUGUUUUGAGUCGGGCAUUAAGAUUCUUGCGCUGGGAUUUGCCUUCCACAAGGGCUCCUACCUGAGAAACGGCUGGAACGUGAUGGACUUUGUAGUGGUGCUCACGGGUAUCCUGUCCUCCGUGGGGUCAGAAUUAGACCUGCGGACAUUGCGAGCAGUCAGAGUGUUGCGGCCGCUAAAAUUGGUGUCAGGAAUUCCAAGCCUGCAGGUGGUGCUGAAGUCCAUCAUGAAGGCCAUGAUUCCACUUCUGCAAAUUGGCGUGCUCUUAUUUGUGGCCAUCCUUAUGUUUGCCAUUAUUGGCCUGGAGUUCUACAUGGGCAAAUUCCAUCGCACAUGCUACGACAAUGUCACACAUGAGAUUGUUGAUGAACAGCCCUGUGGUGAGCUUUAUCCUGCUCGAGUGUGUGAAGAAGGGACAUGUAUGGAAUAUUGGAUCGGGCCAAACUAUGGCAUCACACAGUUCGACAACGUCCUUUUUGCCGUGCUCACUGUUUUCCAGUGCAUCACCAUGGAGGGCUGGACUGAUAUGCUUUAUUACAGCAAUGAUGCCUUAGGGAGUGCCUGGAACUGGAUGUACUAUGUUCCCCUUAUCAUCAUAGGAUCCUUCUUUAUGCUUAAUCUGGUGUUGGGUGUCCUCUCAGGUGAGUUUGCCAAAGAAAGAGAGCGUGUGGAGAACAGGAGCGAGUUCCUGAAGCUCAAACGUCAGCAGCAGAUAGAGAGAGAACUCAAUGGAUAUCUGGAGUGGAUCUGCAAAGCAGAAGAGGUCAUACUCGCUGAGGAUGACAAUGGCCCCGGUGACAGAUCUCGUCGCAGGCCCACGUUAAAGAAAAACAAAGCUGACCUGUUAAAUCCAGAAGAAGGAGAGGACCAUAUGGGAGACACAGUUGGCUCGCCUUUUGCUCGUGCGAGCAUAAAGAGCGGAAUGGGUGAUGGAACUCCGUUUAGCAAGAAAGAACGCCGUCUUCGCUUCUUAAUUCGAAAAAUGGUAAAGACUCAGGCGUUCUACUGGACAGUCCUUAGCCUGGUGGGACUCAACACACUGUGCGUGGCCGUCGUACACUACGAUCAGCCUGAGCUACUGUCAGAUUUCCUCUAUUAUGCUGAGUUCAUUUUCCUAGGCCUCUUUAUGUCAGAGAUGCUGAUUAAGAUGUACGGACUGGGGACGCGCCCUUAUUUCCACUCCUCAUUCAACUGUUUCGACUGUACUGUCAUCGUUGGCAGCAUAUUUGAGGUGUUCUGGGCCAUGAUAAAGCCAGGGACGUCCUUUGGAAUCAGCGUGUUAAGAGCUCUCCGACUGCUUAGGAUCUUCAAAGUCACCAAAUACUGGGCAUCUUUGCGUAAUCUUGUAGUGUCUCUUCUGAACUCCAUGAAGUCCAUUAUCAGUUUACUUUUCCUUCUCUUCCUCUUCAUCGUGGUCUUUGCUCUUCUCGGCAUGCAGCUAUUUGGUGGACAGUUUAACUUUGAGCAAGGCACUCCUCCCACAAACUUUGAUACUUUCCCUGCUGCCAUUAUGACAGUGUUUCAGAUUCUAACAGGAGAGGAUUGGAACGUGGUGAUGUAUGAUGGUAUUGAGUCUCAGGGAGGGGUGGAUAAAGGAAUGAUCUUCUCCGUAUUCUUCAUUGUCCUCACACUCUUUGGCAACUACACACUACUGAAUGUAUUUUUGGCUAUCGCUGUGGACAACCUGGCCAAUGCUCAGGAACUAACUAAGGAUGAACAAGAGGAAGAGGAGGCCACAUCACAAAAGAUUGCUCUCCAGAAAGCGAAAGAAGUGGCAGAAGUGAGCCCACUGUCUGCUGCCAACCUCUCUAUUGCUGCAGUUACAGUAAAAUCUGAACGUAUCGAUGCCACAGACAGUUUACUGGACUGUAAAGAGCAGCAGAAGAACUCGAAAGGUUCUAAGUCGGUGUGGGAACAGCGCACAAGCGAGAUUCGCAGACAGAACCUGAUGACCAGCAGAGAGGCACUUUACAAUGAACUUGAUGCAGAAGAUCACUGGAAGAUGAACUACCGCAACCGUCCUGACAUGAAGACCCACUUGGACCGCCCACUAGUUGUUAAUCCUCAGGAGAACCGCAACAACAAUACCAACAAGCCCCGACCGGGUGAACCAAACCCCCAGGAGCUGAACCAGCAGAGGGGUGAAGAAUACCUGCAGCACCAGCCCCGAUACCAUCACCAUCACAGUCAUCAUCAUCACCACCACCAUCAUACCCACUCCAGCCGCCAGUCCCUACACCACCCAGACCUGGGUGAGACAGGGUGCGAAUAUGCCCAGAGAGGAGGCGAGGACGUGGAGGGCACAGGGGAACACAGGCGACCCCGACACCACCAGCACAGAAGGAGGGAUGAAGAUGGAGGAGAAAGAGGAAGAAGACACAGAGAACACCACAGCAGAGGAGAGACAGGAGGAGAUGGGGAGGAGGGCCAAGAGAAGAGGCAGAGGAGGCAUCGCCAUGGAAACCAUGGGGAUGGAGAUGGAAGGAGGGAUAGGGAACGGAGUCGACAGCAUCAAGCUAGAAAAGAGGCUAGUUUGUCGACGGCUCGUCCAAUUCAGCCAGGUCUUCCACACACGGAGAGCCAGUACAGUGAGGAUCUAGACAACCUGCGAAACAGUAGCAAGAUGGCCAUCCAUGACCCUGAUCCCGAUCUUUAUGACCCCUACUGUGACCCAGAGCAGGCCAAUAACCUGCUGAACCUGCGAGGACCAGAUUUCCAUGACAGCAGUCUCAUUCUGACAGACUCCACCAAAACCCCCAGCAAACUCGACCACACUGCCAUAGAUAUGCCCCCGAUUUACCCCUCAUUCAACGCCAAGUUACAAGUGAACAAAAAUGCCAACACAGAGCCAGCUAAAGAAGGAGAGAAGAAAGAAGAGGAGGAAGACAAUGGUGGUGACGAAGACGGACCCAAACCCAUUCCCCCAUUUAGUUCAUGUUUCAUUCUAUCCACAACCAACCCGUUCCGGAGAUGCUGUCACUACAUACUGACGCUACGUUAUUUCGAGAUGUGUAUUCUGUCAGUCAUCGCUAUGAGCAGUAUUGCAUUAGCGGCUGAAGAUCCCGUGUCUCCAGAAUCACCUCGAAACAACGUUUUGCGUUACUUUGACUAUGUAUUCACUGGUGUGUUUACCUUUGAGAUGCUCAUCAAGAUGGUUGUGUUAGGCUUGGUUUUGCAUGAGGGCUCAUAUUUUCGUGACCUCUGGAACUUUCUGGACUUUGUAGUGGUUAGUGGUGCCCUGGUAGCCUUUGCCUUCACAGGGAGCAGUAAGGGGAAAGAUAUCAGUAUCAUCAAGUCUCUGAGGGUCCUAAGGGUGCUACGUCCACUCAAGACCAUCAAACGUCUUCCCAAACUAAAAGCGGUGUUUGACUGUGUAGUAAACUCUCUGAAGAACGUGUUGAACAUCCUCAUUGUCUACAUGCUGUUCAUGUUCAUCUUUGCUGUGGUGGCCGUGCAGCUCUUUAAGGGACGAUUCUUCUACUGCACCGACGAGUCCAAAGAGUUCGCCCGUGAUUGCAGGGGCGAGUAUUUGGUGUAUGAGCGUGAUAAUGAGGUCAAAUCACAGAAGCGGGAGUGGAAGAAGUACGAUUUCCACUACGACAACGUGCUUUGGGCCCUGCUAACUCUCUUUACUGUGUCCACUGGAGAGGGAUGGCCGCAGGUGUUGAAACAUUCAGUGGACAGCACUUAUGAGGACCAGGGCCCGAGCCCGGGGUACCGGAUGGAAAUGUCCAUCUUUUACGUGGUGUACUUCGUUGUCUUCCCCUUCUUCUUCGUAAACAUCUUUGUAGCUCUCAUCAUCAUCACUUUCCAGGAGCAAGGAGACAAGAUGAUGGAGGACUACAGCCUCGAAAAGAAUGAGAGAGCCUGUAUUGAUUUUGCUAUAAAUGCCAAACCUCUAACGCGCCACAUGCCUCAGAACAAGCAAAGCUUUCAGUACCGAAUGUGGCAGUUUGUGGUGUCGCCUCCGUUUGAGUACAGUAUCAUGGCUCUCAUUGCGCUCAACACAGUCGUCCUUAUGAUGAAGUACCACGGGGCUUCCGAUGCGUAUGAUAAAGUCCUGAAGAACCUGAAUAUUGUAUUCACGACACUCUUCUUCAUGGAGUGUGUUCUGAAAAUCAUCGCCUUUGGUGCCCAGAAUUAUUUCAGAGACGCUUGGAAUAUUUUUGAUUUUGUGUCCGUUAUCGGCAGCAUCACAGAUAUUUUAGUGACAGAGCUAGGGGAUAGCUUCAUUAACCUGAGUUUUCUGAGACUCUUCCGAGCAGCACGUCUCAUUAAGCUCUUGAGGCAGGGCGAGACAAUUCGCAUUCUGCUUUGGACCUUCGUUCAGUCAUUUAAGGCUCUGCCAUAUGUGUGCCUGCUCAUUGCAAUUCUGUUCUUCAUCUAUGCUAUCAUUGGCAUGCAGUUGUUUGGGAACUUGAAGCUGGAUGAUGAGACUGCAGUCAACGUACACAACAACUUCAGAACCUUCAUCAUGGCCCUGAUGCUCCUCUUCAGGAGUGCCACUGGUGAGGCAUGGCACGAGAUCAUGCUGGCAUGUCUCGGAGGAAAGGAUUGUGAUGAGAAGUCUGGGAACGAGGGGCCAGAGUGCGGCAGCAACUUUGCCUAUGCCUAUUUUGUUUCUUUCAUCUUCCUCUGUUCUUUCCUGAUGCUGAAUCUCUUCGUCGCUGUCAUCAUGGAUAACUUUGAGUACUUGACCAGGGACUCCUCCAUCCUGGGUCCACAUCAUUUGGAUGAGUAUGUCAGGAUAUGGGCAGAGUACGACCCAGCAGCCUGCGGGCGCAUUCAUUAUAAGGAUAUGUACAGUUUAUUGCGGGUUAUCGACCCCCCGCUGGGCUUAGGCAAGAAAUGUCCUCAUAGGGUGGCCUGCAAGAGACUGCUACGUAUGGACUUACCUGUUGCUGAUGACAACACGGUGCAUUUCAACUCUACUCUGAUGGCUUUGAUACGCACAGCUCUGGACAUCAAAAUCGCCAAGGGAGGCGCAGACAAACACCAGAUGGACGCAGAGCUCCGUAAGGAAAUGAUGGCGAUUUGGCCAAAUCUCUCCCAGAAGAACUUGGAUCUGCUGGUAACGCCACACAAGUCAGCGACAGACCUGACAGUGGGCAAGAUCUACGCCGCCAUGAUGAUAAUGGAGUACUACCGGCAGAGCAAGGCCAAAAAGCUGCAAGCGCUUCGUGAGGAGCAGAACCGAACGCCAUUAAUGUUUCAGCGCUUGGAGCCAUCCCCGAACCAGGAAGGGGGACCGGGGGUGAACGGUCUCCCCGAGUUGCCGCAGGAACCUGUCAACAGCCUGCCUCCAGAGGGUGGAAUGAGUGAGAGCCAGUCUUGGGUGACGUCACGUGCCCAGGAAAUGUUCCAGAAGUCUGUUCCGGAAAACUGGAACCCUGACAGACCGUAUCCUGAUGACCAUCACGACAGCCGCCAUAAUCCACAGACGGUAGAAAUGAGAGAGAUUGGGCCUGUUGGGGACGGUUACUCGGACACUGAGCCCUAUCACCCAAUGGAAGGGCAUGGGCGGACCAUCUCCAUGCCACGCCUCUCAGCAGACAACCAACGACGGAGACACAGGCCGCGAGGAAGUAACCUCAGUACCAUCACCGACACAAGUCCAAUGCGCCGUUCUACAUCCUCAUUGGUCCACGGACGUUCUGGUCGAGGCGUGAGAUUGGACGAUUACUCUCUGGAGAGGGUGGUGUCAGAGGAGGGUCACCGACACGGUCCGAGAAGGAGAGAGCGUGAUCGAGACCGGGAGAGAGACCGCAGUCACCGCACCUCGGAGAGAUCCCUCGCUCGCUAUACAGACGCAGACACAGGUCUGGGCACAGAUCUUAGCACCACUACACAGUCAGGUGAACUCCCACCUAAAGAGAGAGAACGAGAACGGGGUCGAGCAAAAGACCGUCGCCACCACCAUCAUCAUCAUCACCACCACAGCUCGGUGGAUAAAGAACGGUACGGUCAUGAGCGCGACUACCACCGUCAUCCUCACGACAGAUCUGAUCGUCAGUGGUCCCGCUCACCGAGUGAGGGGAGAGGGCACAGACAGGGCAGUAGUUCUGUGAGCGGAAGCCCCGUUCCCUCGACGUCGGGGACCAGCACCCCCCGGCGUGGCCGUCGGCAGUUGCCCCAGACCCCGUCCACACCUCGCCCUCAUGUCACCUACUCCCCAGCCGUCCGCAAGCCUCCCUACGGCUCCCCGGGCCAGGGUCGACUCCGCUCCCCUUCCCCGCGACACUUCUCUCCACCAGGUCAUGAACCGCCCUACCACCUUCCACCCUCUCGCCACGCCUCGCCCCAUCACGGCUCGCCCCGGCACGCCUCCCCGCGCUCCCCCAGGCACUCGUCGCCCAGGUCCCCACGUCACGGCCGCUGGGGCCCGCCGCCAGACAGCCUAGAGGGCGACGGACCGUUCUACGAUCGGGACUAUGAGUACGAGCGGCACCACGAGCCACCUGCCUACGAGCAGAGUCUAUCGCAGGGCAACCCCCACCCUCAUCCUCACCCGCACCCCCGGUCCCCAAGGACUGCUCGUCACGGGCCUCCCUCGCACCCGCGCCGUAUGCCGAACGGCUACCGUUCCUCCUCGCCCUCCCCGCACCGGCGCGGCCCCCACCCAGGCCCACACCGGCCACCACAUGGCCGUGGGCCCCGGAAGGGGUUGCACGAACAAUAUAGCGAGACGGACGAGGAUGAUUGGUGUUAGUGCGCAGGGUGACCAGGAGGGGGCGCCGCUCAACUCAAACCGAGAUGUUUAUGCACCGCAGCAGGGAGAGAGGGGGUGGAAAAGGAAAAGCAAGCGGUGCUUUUGCGCCAUCGUGAGACUCUAAACCCUUGAGUGGCCCAUAGAGCUUCCCUACUCCCUCUCUCUCUCUUUUGCUUUCUCCUGCUCUCUGGACUAUGUUUCCCAUGCUGCUCAGCAAGCAAGGGAAUGGGAGCAUACGAGAGAUAAAUGGGGUGGUUGCGUUUAGAUGGACUGAACUUUAAAGAUCAGAGUCGUUGUGUUUGAACGCUCCACUCCAGACUGAGCAAGACCAAUUGCUUCUUGCACGACGGAAAAAAUGAAGAGCAACAUCAUCUGUCAAUCAAAAAAAGAAAAGAAAAAUGAAGUUUGAAAAUCAAGCCAGAACCCCUUUUUCCCUCUCACAUCUAUGCCUCUUGAAAAGACCCAAAAAACAAAUAAAAAAGGGAAGAAAAAAUAGACAUUGUUGAAGAAAAAGCAAGUGCUCUUGUGAACAAGAGCUCUACCUACUGCAAAACCAGCCCCAUGUGCUGGCCAAUAUCGAUGAGUUUUAUCAUCUACGUUUACUGUUACCAACUCAAGAUGCUGAGUGACCUCAUCACCUGGGGGAGGGGUUAACUGUCGAAGAGGCGUGGCAUAUGAAAGGACCCAGUGCAGGCGAGAGGAGGCGGGUUGGCGCGGCACACCGAAACCCCACCCACAAACUGCCACUCAAUCCUGAUAAAGUGAAAGACAGCGGAAAAAGAAUGAAACGGCAGAUGAGGGAGGGACGGAAAGACUAUUUCCUCUUCAGAAUGUCUUCAAUUGAUUACUUCUUCUUUUCGAACAUUUGGAGCUUGGUUAUUCUGUUGCAUUUGCUCAGCUUUCUUUGAUAUUUUUGGACUAAAAUCUGAUGGAAACUUGCAUGAAUGAUUUAAAAAAAUAUAUAUAUAUCAGACAGAAGAUUUACUGUGGGAAGGGGGGGUGAUAGCUCUCUUUUUUCCAUUCAGUUUAAGGAAGUUCUUUCUCUCGUUUUCUCCCUGUUGCUCUUGCCAUGUCUACAGAUGUGCAGAUGGAGUUUAUAGAUAGACGCUAAAGCUGACCUUUCUAGAUAGCGAUCUGACAGAUCUGAAUGCGUUUUCUAUGUUAUUUCCAUCUGAGGAUCCCAGAUGAUGUUCUGCACUGUUUAUAAUUACUUUGGAUUGCACUAAAAACAAGCCUGAAUUGUGAAACCUCCCUCAUUACAGCUCUGUCAGCCAUGGUUGCGAACAGAGAGAGAAACGGAGCGAGAGACGGUCUCCUUUCUAAAGGCUUCAUUUGCUAUUGUCAAUAACAGUAGUCUUAUAAUGAUGAAAACUAUCUUAAUGCAAUUGAUGAAGAUGACGGUGAUGCUGAUGAAGAUAGAGGUGGUCAUGUGACUUUGUUGUCUUGUUUUCGGGAGUUUUGUCUGUUGUGGCCAUCUUGUUUCGAACUCUUUGUGUUUGUUUUCGGUUCUGUUCACCACAGAUUGAAGUCUAUAAGGGUGCGCUCCUGAUAGCAUCCUGAAGUUUACGUACUUGUGACCUCAGCUGAGUAGAAUAUUCCUAUCUGUAGUGAAUAGUUCGGGUCAGAGCUCAUGAAUGUUUUAAAAGAGAGAGUCAGGCCAUUCAGGAUACCCUCGGACAGUUUUUGUGUCAGAGUUUUUCCAGACAAAUUCAGGGUCCAUUUCAUAUUUAUUUUUCAAUAGAAAAAGAUGGUCACACAACAGUGUGAUCAGGAGAAAUCGUUUUAUAGAGGGUCAGUUUUUAACCCCUUAAAUUAUUUCACAGCUAAUGCAGAGUAAGUGCAAGUUAGUGUUUUGGGUGAUGAAUGUUGUUGUUUACUUUUUGUCCAUGUUGUGGUGCUGUUAAGCAGCUUCAGCCAGGCUAGGCUAUGGACAAACGAUCCCUUAUGAAAAUACAGUUGCCAGAGGGCGCUAUUACAUUUGCAGAACUGUUCCCCGACAGUAGGUGACGUAGCAGGUCUGUCGAAGCUCGCCUUUGACUUUUUUUCGACAGUAGUUUUUUGAGAAUUUUGACCUGGAUAGUCUUUGAUCAAGUAACUGGAAACAAUUCUUCCACCCUGCCUUCCUGUUCCCUGCCACGGGCAGCUUGUCAUGUCUUUGGCUUCCUGCUCAAUCUGAGACCCUCCCUCUUCUGCUCAGGAUACAACAAUACAGCCAAACGUAUAACUCACAGGGGUGUAGAGGUGCGGCCUAUUCAGCCUCCCCUACUGUCAUUGAACCUGUCCAGCUGGCCCACACCCAUCCAACCAUCUCAAAACAAAUUUUUUAUUAAAUAUCCCAUUUUUCCCUCCAGAAGAGGAUUUUAUUGUGCAUAGGUUACUCUUUUAUAGUUCAGAAGCUGUGUAUUUCUCAGUUUUAAGUAUCAACUUUGUCUCAAAUGUUUCUCCUAAAAUCUAGAAAAAAUCAAAAUAGUCACAAAUGAGACACUUGUUGGCGUGCUGUAUGAAUAUAGAGCUAUAAAAUGAGUGUAGCAUUAUCUGAAAUCUUGUCUUUGACUAUCUUUGACUUUUGACUGCAGUCUUUAUAUUGGCAAAUCAUAGAGCGUUUUCUGAAACUCUAGAGGAGACACAUGGAGAGACCCCAAAAGUCUCCAUUUUCUCUCAUUGUUGUCUAGGAGUAAGUAUUAAAGAGAUCUAAUUUAUGAUUUUUCUUAAUGGAAAGUUUAAGAUCAGAAACCCUGACUGUUAUUUUGCUUAAAAAGAUGCUGACGUUUCUCCUAAAGCAGUCAGUAUAUGAAACUGUAAGGUUUUCGAGAUGUACUCUCACUUUAUUCAGAUAAAAAUAUCAUAAAGCAUCUCAGAAUAGUUUCAUCCAAUCGUGAAGUCAGUUGGACGGUUCUGUAUUGUCUCGUUUUCUGUCCAAAAAUCAUAUGAAAUCCACAGUACAAGGGCAUUUUUUUUCUUUAAAAGAGUUUUAAAACAUCAGUAGUCAUUUUAUUUGAUCCCUUCCCCAUGCCAACCCAUGUCCAAGACUUUUAGGGAGGAAACCACUGUUUUCUGGGUGUUUGUUGAUGUUUGGCCCACAUUUACCCACAGCUGGCCCCCAGUUAGCCCCUGGUUUGAUGCCCAUGGGUCCAGAUGAACCUGCAGAGCCACAGUGCCUUCUGUUCUAGUGUCGCACACUAACCCUUCCCCUGCCUCUCUUCCCUCUUCCCUCUAUCUCUCUCUUAAUGUGAUGGACUCAGUCACACUACGCCUUAACAAGUCCCCAUGUCUGCGCUGUCUGCUGGGCUUUUUAAAGACAGGGAGGCACGGUUAUAUGAUGGGGGAAGAUCCCAGUUACUCUGAGAGUAAUGAAGGGAAAUGACAACCGAGUUCUGUCAGGGUGUCCAUCUCGGCUCUCUGUCUGUCUUAGCAAUGCUUCCUCAAGUGGAUGGCAACCAUUUUUUAAUUUGUCUCACCCUGCUUGUUUAGAGAGUUGCAUCGAACAUCGGAGGGAUUGUUCUACUUCUCAGGUCUUUAGCAAAAGGACAGGAAGGCUUAUUUUUGUCAGGCAUGAAUGUUAGUUAGACCUUUUGCAUGGUUAAUAUAAAGCCCAUUUCUCUUGGUCUUGAAUUCUUUUGCUGAAAACACUUGAAAUGCAGGAAAUUUGCUCCAUUUUAGCUCAAGAUGUGGAUCGAUAGUUUAUUAAAAGGAUUUGAUUUUUAUUAUUAAAAAGAGAUAGCAGAAGGUUGUGGUUUUUAAAAGAACGGUUCGCUCAAAAAAGAAAAUUCUGACAUGAUUUACUCACCCUCAUCUCAUUCUUAACUGUUGUGACUUUUUUUCUGUAGAACAGAAAAGGAGAAAUGUUAAAGAAUUAUUCUGGUUGCUCUUCUAUGCAGUUAAAAUGAACAUGGACUGAGGCUUUUAAGCUUCUAAAAGGACAAAAAAGCACCAUAAUAUAAAAAACUGGGACUAUGUUUUCAUUUUUAUAAGCCAUACAAUAGGUUUGUGUAAAAAAACUGAAAUACAAGUCUUUAUUCACUGAAUACCUUAAAAUCCACCUUCAUGAAUCAGAACUUUUCAAUGAAUCCAGUUCACAGAACCUGUCAGAAUGAUUUUUAUUUGCAAAUUUGACUGAUGCAGUUACCUGGAGGGCUUUAAGUCUUUGCACAAUACAAGUCUUUAUUCACUGAAUAUCUUAAAAUCCACCUUCAUGAAUCAGAACUUUUCAAUGAAUCCAGUUCACAGAACCUGUCAGAAUAAUUUUUAUCUGCAAAUUUGACUGAUCCAGUUACCUGGAGGACUUUAAGACUUUGAAAUUGGCAUGUAGAAAUCAUCUUUUCUAUUUUUACGUAUAUCCAUUGAAACAGCUUCUGUUUGGUGACUUUAAAUAUAGUGCAAAAUAGUUGUAAAAAUUGAAACAUAGUCCUUUUUGUAGCUUGAAAAGUGUCUCCUGUUGUGUUUCACAGAACAAAUAGUCAUAUUGGUUUAGAUAAAUGAGAGUGAAUAAACGAAGUUAGAAUUUUCAUUUCUGGGUGAGCUGUCCCUUUAAAGGUUUAUGCAUGUAACUAGACUGGUGCAUCAUUCUUUGGCUCUGCUUGUUCAUCAGUUUGGUUCUGACCCUCUUUUGCUCUCAGUGUCAAUGCCUUUAUUGCUUUGUUUUUGACUCGCAUCUUCAUUUUCUGUCCCGACAGAAAGCCAUUUUCAGUUUGCAACACACACAAGUGAUCCAUCGUAGAUACACAACACACUUGCAUUUGAGCAUGUGUUGUAUGUUUUGUAUCGUCCUAGUGGAACAAAGCUGUAUUUUCUUUCUGUUUCAUACGAAAUAAGGGCUUUCCUUCAAUGGUUGAGUGCUGCCAAAACAAGUCACCCUCUAUGUAGCUACACCACUUCCUGUGGUCUCCCUUUGUACAGAACAGAAUUACAUGUGUGUGCAUGCUAACGUGUGGGGGAUCCGGAGAAAAAGGGAGGGGGGGUGAUGGGUAAUGUAGAUUUUUUGCCCUGUAUGUAUGAGAGCGAGAACUUGAGGCACAGCUGUGGCCAGCACAGGCAUUGUGCAUGCCAAAAAAAAUAUAUAUAUCAGAAAGGGAUACAAAUGAUAUUGUGCACCUUGGGUAAUUUAGUGCUGGGUUUGCCAAUCCAUUUCUGCUCAGCAUUUACCAUGGCAUACUUCAUUAUCAUCCUCAUCUGAUCCCAAUCCGAGAUUGGAUACGGAUCCAUUGCCACUUUUUCCAAAGGAUCGGAAUGGGUUGGGUUCAUCAAUGUGACAGUGGGAUGGUCGACUGUGAGUGUGUGCGCGUUUGAUUUGAAGGCAAGUCGUUUUUAGUGCCUUACAAUGAACAGUUUCCCAUCGCCGUUACAUGACCGUAGAUACAAAGCGAAGAGGGCCAUCAUGUUUGUACCUCGACUGUCUAUCCAUGUCUAUCUAACUUGUUUUGUUGGGCCUAUCUAUCUCUUUCUCUUCUGUAACUCUUGUAUAUCUCAUUCAUAAACUUCCUGCAACAGUCUGUGUUCAUCCUCUUUCUUCAACAUUGCUAUGUUCCUUUCUGUUUCAUUUCCUCUCAUUCUUUAUGCAUUGUCAUGGUUUCUUCAUUCAAACACAUUGCUAAUUUGAUAUUAAGAAAUAUUAUUUUCAUAUAAAUGUAUUAUUAGUAAUUAGUAAACAUAAAUCACACUUAUUACACAUUUAAAAGGUCCACCCAAAAAUGAAAAAAAUGUCAUGAUUUAGUUAUUAAAUGAGUUCCAAAUCUGUAUGACUUUAUUUCUUCUGCGAAACACAAAAGAAGAUAAUGAAAGUCAACGGGGUCCAAUGUUAUUUUGUUCUUUUUCGAAAUGUCUUCUUUUGUGUUCCACGGAAUAAACAUAGUAACAUGACACGAGGGUGAGUAAAAGAUGACAGAAUUUUCAUUUUUGGCUGAACGAUCCCUUUAAGUGCACUAGUUGUUCUGCCGAAGACAGAAUAGAUGCUAAGCUCUCAACUAAAAAACAUGUAGCAUUAAACGAAAAGAUUUCACUUUAAAGAGAAACGGAUGUUAGUUCUCUAAAAGGAAGCGGUUCACGAGACAGGAAGUGCGUUUUCACCACCGUCAGCAAGAGUGUGCUUCUUCACAGCGCUCAUAUGUGUCGAAGGGGAAAUAAGCGUGUGGUGUGAAUGUGGGAGCAUGUGAGGAGUUCCUGUGAGCGCACAGCCACUGUCACCGUGACACCCGCAAACCCGUCCCAUCUCUCCUUAAUCACCCAUAUCCCACCCGCCAUCCAUAUUACUAUUGACCUGAACCAUUUAGAAGCAAAAGAGGAAGUUUAAAGAGAAAAAAGGCCAUGAUAAAGAGAGGUAUUUAAUUACUGAUUUGCAUGUGCAAUGUGCAUGCCACUAUGUGGGUUAACAAGUCAACUUCAGGAAUUAUAAAAUAUAAAAAGAAAUAUAAAGAAAAAGAGUAUAUAUGUAUAAAUAUAUAAAUAUAGUUAGAUGUUUUUAUGAGCAAUGUGUUCCUUUUUUCUUCUAUUUUUAAAAAUGAAAAAGACAAAAAAGAGCACCAAGAGGGAAAAAAAAUAAUACAAGAGACGAUAAAUGAUAAAAACUCAUAGAAUGUUUGUUUGUUUCUAUUGCCAACUGUUCUCUGAGAAUCGUGGGUGAGGUGAGCACACUACAUGCUGUGGAAAUGUAUUACAGAAUUUAAAAAAAAAAAAAAAAGUUAAAAGAUAUCCAGUAGCUCUCAGUGUGAGGGACUGCACAUCACUCUGAUUUAAGAAGAAAUCCAAAACCCUUUUUGCUGAUGUUGAGCUGUGAAAGAGGCUGCCUGAACCUGGUGAUGUUACACAUUUAUUCUGGCUAUGAAAAAUCCCCCUUUUAUCUCUCUCUUCCUCUGUCUCUGUAUCUCUCUGCUAUUUCUACCAGUGCAUUUUGUAAUUCCGAACAGACCUCUUCCUAAAGAACCUGAAUAAAAACCAGAGAGAAUGCAUUCUAAA